CUUUGCAGACUUGCUGGUAUGAUCAUCUGGCCAACAUUCACGAUUUGAAUGUUGGCUGGCUCCACCCCCGAGAGUGACUGGGUUAAAGGUUGACUUGUUUUAUGUAACACAUUCCAGUCUUGCCUCGCUACAACUGACACCACACAGCUGUAAAGCAGUCACGAUGUUGGACCUGAUGCAAGAUGAGGUGUUCAUGGCUUACAGAACCUAUGCACUUAUUGUUAUCCUGAAGAUGAUGAUGAUGUCGCCAUUGACUGCUUUUUACCGCUUCAGCAGAGGGUCCUUCGCCAAUGUGGAAGAUGUGGCCCAUAAGUCUGCAGAGGAGAGAAAGAAACUGCUGAGGGCCCACCCAGAUGUUGAGCGAGCUCGUAGAUGUCACCUGAAUGACUUGGAGAACGUUGUUCCUUUCGUGAUGGUCGGCUUAUUCUACGCCCUGAGCGGACCGGAACUCCCAGCCGCACUCCUUCAUUUCCGCAUCUUUGCCGGUUCUCGGAUCUGCCACACCAUCUCCUACAUUGGGGCUUUUCCUCAGCCCUGCAGGGGUCUGUCUUUUCUCGUGGGCCUGGCAGCCACCGUAUCAAUGGCCUACAAUGUCCUCAGUAAAGUUCUCGUUCUUUGAAGAUGACUGUCCCUCAACCAUUUUCACCAUUUGGAUGAAGAUAACUGAAAUUCUGCUCCAACUUCUAAAGGUCCUAAGACCACCUUUACCCAGCUUAGAAGCACAAUAUUUUCGUGCCGGCCGUUUAUUUCUAACGGGGUAUUAAAGUAUUCACUCGAAUAAUUUGGCAAAUAAACAUUUUUCAUACAACCA